AAUUAAUAAAAAAUCACUAAUUAGACACAUAGCAUUUCUAGUAAAAUUAUUUGGAGUCUUUGACUACUAUAUAAAAUGUAUUUUACCUUAGCAAAACAUAAUACACAAACAAUAAUAAGAAAAAAAAAUCAUACAAUCGUUAUGGGGAAGAAAAAGAUGGACAUAACUUAUAUUACUGAUGGCACAGAGAGGGAAGCAACUUUCAACUUAAGGAAGAAUGAAUUGAUGCAGAAACUCCAUGAGCUCCAUGUUCUUUGCGACGUUGAUACGUGUGCAUUCAUCUACAAUCAAUCCAACCCAAUUCCAGAGGUAUGGCCAUCACACUCAGAGGUGAAAAGCAUAUUAGAGAAGUUUGAAAAGUUUUCAGAGAAGAAGAAGACAUGUAGAUCGGUGAACCAUGAAGAAUUUCUCCAUCAGAUGAUCGAAAAAGCCAGGACGAAAAGACAGAAACAGAAUGCCCAAAACAAGGAGAAAUACAUGAGGGAACUCAUGUUCGCUUUUCUCAGUGGGAACAUGAAAGAUUUGAGUUUAAAAAAUGAUGAUCGUUCGGAGUUGUGUAGCUUCAUUGAUAAAUAUCUCAAGGAGCUUGUUCAUCAUAAGAACCAAACCUUAAACAAUCCAAAUUUUGAAAUCGGCCAGUCUUCCUCAAUGGCUCUGGACAUGAACAUAGCUCAAACCUCUAUUGCUGAAGCAGGUUCCUCUUCCUUUCUGGUCUCCAAAACACCUAGAUCUUCUGAACUAACCAAAAUGUUGCAAUCCGUAAUCUCUUCAUACUAUAGUGAUGUACCGCAUGAAAAUUUGGUUACAAGUAUUCCCUCAACAAGAAGCAACCAAGAAGUAUAUAUACCGGUUAUGUAUCAGGAUGAAUCUUACAGUCAAAAUAAAAAUCAAAAUCUGGAACAAGGAUUCGUUGAAGAAAUGAUGAAAAUUGGUGAGCAAACAGGUUUUCCUUGGAUGGAAGACAACCACCGGUUUUAAAGCAUAUCCAUCAAGGCAGACACUAAUGGCAGCCAGCUUAUGUUUACUUUGUCUAAAAGGAUUUCCAGUGAAUUAUUUUUUGAUUUGACAUCUCUUGUCUUCUUUUUGGUGUAAAUUUUUGUUAUUUUUAUUGCAUCAAGUUUGAGUCUUCAAACUAAUGUAUUAUGAUUUAUUAGUUUCGAUCCAGAAUAAGAAAUUCUUCUGGUGUUGUUGGUAUUCCAUAUAGGAUCUAUUUUAAUUCAAC